AUGGAUUCUCACGCCCUGGAGCCGUCUAACAAACGGCCUCGGUCUCCAACUACCGAUCAUGCCGUUUCGUCCAAAAUCCAAAAAACCCUCUCGAGCCACCUGCAGAUCAACUACCUCGCGCGCCAAUACCCUGAUAAUCUCCCGCUGGUGUCUGUUGACGAUACCAUGCCCGCAAUCAUCCACCUGCUCAGUGAAUAUGAUGGCGUGCUUCAUCGCCAUGAAAGUAUCGCCGGCAAUCUUGGCGCAUGUCCGCUGGGCCCGAUCUUGAUCAAGCGAUUCGAGCGUCUUUUCGACGGCCCGCCGCAGGUCUUGAAGUCGCAUGGCAAGGAUGGUCCCACCGUUACUUGGCUGGAUGUGGUUGAGUUUGCGAAGAACAAGCCAGAGCAAUUCAAUCUGGAGAAGUCGCGCAAUGGUGUACGAGUGUGUCAAUUCUACACCAAGCAGUGUCGCGUGGAGAUCAGCGAAGAGGAUUUUGUCUUGAUUGCUUCUGGCAUGCCUCAGAAAAUGAUUCCGCCCCAGCCUAUCAUCGAGGAUGAGGAGAAGGAGUUGGGUGCGCUGGAGAUUCUUGAGAAGAACUUGCAGCAUAUCACUCAGAUGGCUGAUCAGGUGUCUGCUCGAGCUAGACAGCUUAACCAUCGCCUGAAGAAUCGCCGUACCGCGAUUGUCACCCGCCGAGAGAACGAUGCCACUCUACAUGCGUCAACCCAACCUAGCGCUGACAUCUGGCGUGAUCCCAACGGCUAUGCUCCAGUCAAUGGUGGCACCUCCUCUCAUGCCUCCCCAGCUGGUUUUCUCGCCGUCAAUGCCCACCGUCCUGAAGGCGAGCACGAAGAGAACCCCCUCUCUCGUCGCAGCGCCUCUCCCACUACACGCGCAGACCUGAUGAAGAAGUUCUUCACAACAGCAGAUCGUCAAGCCCGCGGUUACGACGACACCGGCGCACCCCCAGCGAACCCCCAACCCCGUCCUCGCAUUUCCGACCCGGCCGACUUCAGUCCCUAUACCGGUGCCACCGCAACCCCAGUCGCAAUCCCCAGUACGCCCUCCUCUCUCCUUCCCCCACCAAAAGCAACUCAACCAGAAAAAGAUGACGGUGGCCCCUUCAAGCUCGAAAUGAUCGCUCGCAUGGAAGAGCUCCAACGCGGCGAGCGCAUCAUCCCACCCUGCGACCGCUGCCGCCGCCUUCACAUGGACUGCCUCAAGAAUUUAACCGCUUGCGUAGGCUGCACCAAGAAACACGCCAAGUGUUCCUGGCGCGACGUCAAAGAAGACGAAGUCGCCACCAUGCGCGCAUCAGCCGUGACCGCCUCGGUCUCCCACGAUCGCAUGGACACAGACCGUUCCAGUGCAAACCUCACACCGACUCAAUUCGGGUUCGGUCUCGGCCCUCUACCUCCCAUUUCGGCGGAACGUGAACGCAUCCGCGAACAUCCCUUCGACUCCGUCGCUGACGCUAAUAAGUCUUACUACGGUCGUCGCGAGUCCGCGCCUUCCGCGCCAAACCCCGUUCCUGCUUCCACAGUUCCCAUGGAAUUACCCUCCACGGACAACUCGCCUCGUCGUGCGGCCAGCGAGACAGAAGGUCGAGGGUGGGAUCAGCAUGAUCGUCGCGUUCCGUCGGCUGCUCGUGUCCAUCGGGCCGAGGAUGAAGAUCCCGAUGCCAAUCAGCGUUUGAUGCAGGCAAUUCUUGAUACUGUCGAUCAUCACACUCGUGUUGCUGCUGCUGUUCAGGAGAAGGAGCGUGGUGCUGAGCGUGCCGAGAGUCAGACUCAGAGCUCGAAUCAGAUUGCGAACGCCCAUGCCAUCGUCACCCCGGGUGUUGGUGGUCCUGCACCGGUUUCUGCUCCCCUCGCUGCUCCUCUUGCUGCUCCCGGCGCUGGCGCUGGCGUUGGCCCCGGCCCUGUUCCUAACCCCAGCCCUGUCUAUUCUCAUUCCCAUUCUCAACCACGAGUGGAAGCGGAUCACGACCAUGAUCGUGACCGCGACCGCGACCGCGACCGUCGAAUGGUUCAGGCAUAA